CACUUGCUGGGCAUGGCGCACGCGUUACAAGCCACUUGAUUUCCUAUUGAAAAUUUGUCAUGUUGCACAUUUUUUUACCACUUUGCUGAGGAAAAAUGGUAUAAAAAGCCUUGUCCUUCUGUGGAAAUUCACAUUCGUUUAACAGUUACCGUUGUUUUAAAAACAUUUUCUUUUAAAUAGAAAAAUUUUAAAAUUAAAUUAAAAAAAAAAGUUUAAUAAAAGUCUUAGUUUCAACUUGGUGUUAAAGUUUUUUUGUUUGGAAAAAAAUCUAAAAUAAAAUUGUAUUUAAGUUGUAUUGUUCCUCAUAAUUUUCUACUCAAUGUGCAAUAUUUUGAGAUUUAUACGCAUUUUAUAUAGUUUCUAAAAUUUUAUUUAAAAAAAAAAGUUCUACGAACAACCGUAUUAUAAAAGUGUAACUACCAAUUGAGUAUGAUUUGGGAAUAGUAUUUAAUUAUUUUUGGAAUUUCAAGAUUUAGAAGGCGAAGAAAACGACGUCGCCUUGGCGAUGUCACCGACGAAUAGACAAACAGCCAAGACACCAACACCACGCGAUAUCAGCGAAAAUCCCGAUGAACGUGAGACAUGGAGCGGCAAAGUCGAUUUCCUGCUAUCCGUUAUAGGAUUUGCUGUAGAUUUAGCAAACGUAUGGCGAUUUCCUUAUUUAUGCUACAAAAAUGGCGGUGGUGCCUUCCUCGUACCUUAUUGUAUUAUGUUGCUAGUUGGUGGCAUACCGCUAUUUUAUAUGGAAUUAGCUUUAGGUCAACACAAUCGUAAAGGUGCCAUUACAUGCUGGGGACGAUUGGUACCGUUAUUCAAAGGAAUUGGUUAUGCUGUGGUCUUGAUAGCAUUUUAUGUAGAUUUCUAUUAUAAUGUUAUUAUAGCCUGGUCAUUAAGAUUCUUUUUUGCAUCAUUUACCAAAACAUUGCCAUGGACAUCAUGUUCAAACUAUUGGAAUACAGAAAAUUGUCGACCGUUUGAGCAACAAGCUGGUGGUGGCCUAUCCGUUAUGGGAAAUAUAAGCGAUAUUUUUAUGAAUUCAACAAUUACCUCCGAACUAAAUGUAACAUUUUCAAAUUUAACCAGCACUUUAAGCACAACGUUACCACACAGCGAACGUUUUCAAUCAGCCGCUUCGGAAUAUUUUAAUCGUUACAUUUUAGAAUUAGAUAAAAGUGAGGGUCUUCAUGAUUUGGGUGCCAUUAAGUGGGAUAUGGCAGCUUGUUUGUUGGUGGUUUAUUUAAUCUGUUACUUCUCCCUGUGGAAAGGUAUUAGUACUUCGGGCAAAGUGGUAUGGUUUACCGCCCUAUUUCCUUACGCUGUUCUACUUAUAUUGCUGAUACGUGGCAUAACGCUGCCUGGUUCUGCGAUGGGCAUACAAUACUAUUUAAAUCCAAAUUUUGAUGCCAUUUACAAGGCUGAAGUUUGGGUUGAUGCUGCCACUCAAGUGUUCUUUUCGUUGGGACCUGGUUUUGGUGUACUGCUGGCCUAUGCUUCUUAUAAUAAAUAUCAUAAUAAUGUUUACAAAGAUGCUUUACUUACUAGUUGUAUUAAUUCGGCUACAAGUUUUAUAGCUGGUUUUGUGAUAUUCUCGGUUUUGGGUUAUAUGGCUCAUAAAUCGGGCCAAAAUAUAGAGGACGUUGCCACUGAGGGUCCUGGCCUAGUGUUUGUUGUUUAUCCAGCUGCAAUUGCCACCAUGCCGGGUAGUACAUUUUGGGCUUUAAUAUUUUUUAUGAUGUUGCUGACCUUGGGUCUGGAUAGUUCGUUUGGCGGUUCUGAGGCCAUUAUAACCGCCUUAAGUGAUGAAUUCCCGAAAAUCGGAAGGAAUCGUGAAAUCUUUGUAGCCGGCUUAUUUUCAUUGUACUUUGUGGUGGGCUUAGCUAGUUGUACCCAAGGUGGAUUUUAUUUCUUUCAACUUUUGGAUCGUUAUGCGGCAGGCUAUUCGAUCUUAAUUGCGGUAUUCUUUGAAGCCAUAGCAGUAUCCUGGAUUUAUGGUACUGAACGUUUCUGUGAAGACAUCAAAGACAUGAUUGGCUUUCGGCCUGGUAAAUACUGGCAAAUAUGUUGGCGUUUUGUGGCACCCAUAUUUUUACUAUUCAUCACGGUCUACGGUCUAAUCGGCUAUCAACCAUUGACCUAUGAAGGCUACGAAUAUCCAGGCUGGGCUAAUGCUCUAGGUUGGUGUAUAGCGGGAUCAUCGGUUAUGAUGAUACCAGCAGUGGCCAUAUAUAAGUUAUGUACAACACCGGGAUCGUUGAGACAACGUUUACGCAUACUCACCACACCGUGGCGAGAUCAACAGGUGUCGGUGAAUGGUGUAACAGCGGAUGCCACGCAAGUACGUUUAACCGAUACCAAAGAAGCUUCAGAAGUUUGAAAUCAACCAUUCGCAAGAUUUCAAGUAUAUUAUGUAUAGAUUAUAAUUAAUAUAUAUGUAAUAUUUAUAACCAAUAACCAGUUUAUGUUUAUUGCUCCUAAAAUUAGGCUUAAAAUCUAUUUCAUUUUAGUUUAAACAAAAAAAAAAUGCUCAAGUGAAUAUACGCAUGCAAAACAAUGUUUAGGGAAUUAGUUUAUAAGUUUUGAAAGAAAUUUUCAAAUGAAAACAUUUUGUACACAUAAAUACAUAAACUUAAUAAACCAACAAAUGCAAAUUUCAUAUACAACGUACUUAGGUUUCUAAACUAAAACGAACAAAAAGAAAAAAACAAAAUUCAUAAAUAAAACAAUUCUUGUAAUUAUUAUAAAAAUUGUUAAAAGAAAAUAUUAAAAAAUCCAUUAAAUGCUGUGUAGAUAAUAUUAGAGGGAAUUUAAGUAAAUUUAUAUUAAAAAAAUUAUGAUAAUGUUAAAUUGCUUUGUUAGAAAUAUUUUUUUGAAAAACAGUAUAAAAAGAAAUGUUUUGAAUAAUUUACUGAAUAUGCCAAUCGGAAAUUGAUAAAAUUGUAUAUAAAUAUCAAAUCAAAAAUAAAAGUGUAGUUAAAAGCUUUAAAAUUAGUUAAGUUAAAGAGAUAAUAUGAAAAUCCUCCCCUCCCACUUAUAAGCCAUAAUAUUAGAGAAAAACAAAA